UCCGCAUCUCGUUAGCUUCCAUUGCUGAACAAAAAUAGAAAGAUUGUAUUUACUGAACGAGGAGCAGGCAGUUUAAAAGUGCAUAUCGUGUUUGAAAUAGAUACAAGUGAAAAGUUAAUAGAUUUAUUGUUUAGCUGAUACGCAGAGUUUCAGAGUAAUAAGGGAAAACAGUGAGAGGUCCGGAGAAUGCUGACGACGGGAGCGGCCGUGACCAACGUCACGGCGCUGGCCCAGGUGGACCGGGAGAAGAUCUACCAGUGGAUCAAUGAGCUGUCCAGUCCGGAGACCAGGGAGAAUGCUCUGCUGGAGCUGAGCAAGAAGCGGGAGUCGGUUCCGGACCUCGCCCCGAUGCUCUGGCACUCCUUUGGCACCAUCGCCGCGCUGCUGCAGGAAAUAGUGAACAUCUACCCGUCCAUCAACCCUCCCACCCUCACCGCUCACCAGUCCAACAGGGUGUGCAAUGCGCUGGCGCUGCUGCAGUGCGUCGCCUCGCACCCUGAGACGCGGUCGGCGUUCCUGGCGGCUCACAUUCCCCUCUUCCUGUAUCCGUUCCUGCACACCGUCAGCAAAACGCGGCCCUUCGAGUACCUGCGCCUCACCAGCCUGGGGGUCAUCGGAGCUUUGGUGAAAACAGACGAACAGGAAGUGAUCAACUUCCUCCUGACGACUGAAAUCAUCCCGCUGUGUCUGCGCAUCAUGGAGUCAGGGAGCGAACUCUCCAAAACGGUCGCGACCUUCAUCCUGCAGAAGAUCCUCCUGGACGACACCGGCUUGGCUUACAUCUGCCAGACCUACGAGCGUUUCUCCCAUGUGGCCAUGAUUCUGGGGAAGAUGGUGCUGCAGCUCUCCAAGGAGCCGUCGGCCCGGCUGCUGAAGCACGUUGUCCGCUGCUACCUGCGCCUCUCGGAUAACCUCAGAGCCAGAGAGGCGCUGCGUCAGUGUCUGCCGGACCAGCUGAAAGACAGCACCUUCGCCCAGGUUCUGAAGGACGACACCACCACCAAGCGCUGGCUCGCUCAGCUCGUCAAGAACCUGCAGGAGGGCCAGGUGACGGACGCCCGCGGCAUCCCGCUCGCCCCGCAGUGACGCCCCGACCGGCCGCCCGACAGGCCGCCCUGCUGCCGGCCGCCCUGGUGCUAGGACUGUCCUCGGCGCCGCUCACUGCAAACCGACCAGCGACCGACCGAGGGGUUUUUGUUUGGAUUACGAACUCUUGAAUUUCAGAAACUGUAGAUUUUACUUUUACUGAGACAUAAUAUUUUUUCUGAACUGUUUGACAGUAAUGUUUAGGUGAAACAUUUCACAGAUUAAAGGAACAAACAGGAACUAAAUCCUGUGAAGCUUUGCAAAAAAUGAGAGAAUGUGAUGAUCACCAAUAACCUGAAGUUCAUGAUGACAUCACUUCCCUUUGAUGGUCUCCUGAGUUGCUGCUGAUGCUUCCCUCAGCAACCCGUCGCCUCCUGCAGCACGCUCCUGCAGCACGCUCCUGCAGCACGCUCCUGCAGCACGCUCCUGCAGCACGCUCCUGCAGCACGCUCCUGCAGCGUCUGAUGGGUGAACUGGGUUCUGUACCGUAGGCAGCAGCUUCUGUCCUGGCUGUACUCGUCCACUCAUUUGUACAGAGAUGAUUUCUUGGCCUCUGCGUGUUUCUAAAUAAACAUUUUUUCAACAUA